AUGACAGUGGAAGAUGAGUACCUCACAGCUCGCCUGGGUAAGAUGUACAUGGUGCCAAGCAAGGAAGUGGUAGCCACUUCUGAGGCUGCUGACAAGCACCUUAGAGCUUUCGAGCAGGGCUGCGAGGAGUGGAUGUCCUACCACGCCCAGCCGCACACGGAAGAGGAUCUGGAGGGCUUUGAGCAGUUUGUGGUGGCACUGCUCUCGGGUCCGGAGUUCAAGUCCGAGAAAGAGUACGAGAGCCGCAUCCAGGCAGUUCGUCGACAGUUCAAGACUACCCUGUCAAAGCCACAGAUUGUCCGAGCCUAUUAUCGACUGCGGGACGCCGAGCGCAUCGAGCGAAGCCCUUCCUUCGAGCGGAUUACGACAAAGAAAGCUGUGCGAUCGAACUCUGGGGUGGUGGUCAUCACGAUCGUGACAGCGCCGGGCCGGUUCUCGUGCCCUAACGACUGCUACUACUGCCCGGAUGAGCCUGGCCAGCCACGAUCCUACCUCAGCACAGAGCCUGCUGUUGCCAGGGCCAACCAGAACGAGUUUGACCCAGUGCGGCAGUUCUACGACCGGGCAGGAACCCUAGCCAAGCAGGGCCACACGGUGGACAAAGUAGAGAUCAUUGUGCUCGGGGGCACCUGGUCGCACUAUCCCCGUGACUACCAGGAAGAGUUCUGUCGAGACCUCUUCUAUGCUGCCAACACCUUUGACGAGCGGCUGAGCAAGCUAGGACAGAAGGGUGAGGGUGCGGCCCAGACUCGUGAGCGACGCCCACUACUCGAGGAGCAGAAGCUCAAUGAGAAGGCGGUCACAAAGAUCAUUGGCCUCACCUUGGAGACCCGGCCGGAUCACAUCACCCCAGCGGAAGUGCGACGGCUAAGGCGCUACGGCUGCACACGCGUCCAGAUCGGCGUGCAGCACACGGACGACGCGGUCCUCGCAUACGUCAACCGAGGACACGACCGGGCGGCGGCAGUGCGGGCGACUCGGUUGCUGAAGACCUGCGGUUUCAAGGUGGACCUUCACCUCAUGCCAGAUCUCCCCAGCUCGGACACGGAGAAGGAUUGGGCCAUGUUCCAGGACGUGCUGCAUGGAGAGGACCUGCAGGCAGACCACUGGAAGAUCUAUCCGUGUGAAGUGACUCCCUUCACGCGAAUUGAGACCUGGUACAAGGAAGGCAAGUACAUUCCGUACACCGAGAAAGACCCUCGACUGCUCACAGAGCUGCUGGCCAGGGUCAAGGCAGAAGUGCACCCAUGGAUUCGGCUGAACCGAGUGAUCAGGGACAUCCCUGAGGUGUCGAUUGUUGCUGGGAACUCGCUGACGAACCUCCGGCAGGCCAUCUUUGAGGUGCUCAAGUCUCGUGGCCAGUGUUGCCGAUGCAUCCGCUGCCGAGAGGUACGAGACUGGCCAGAGACCACCGACGGCCUGCGCCUCCGUGUUCGCGAGUACCGAUCUUCCAGUGGCACGGAGUUCUUCAUCUCCAUCGAGGGUGGGCACCGGGGCUUCGGCGGCGGAGCCACGCAGCGGGCCCUGGCAGGGGGCCAGAAGGCCACGAAGCGGGAGAAGAAGGAGCGGAAGUCCGCGCUCCGCGACGCAUCGGCCCAGGCUGAGAUGAAGGCGGCUGCCAAAGCUGCAUCAGCAGCUGGCGGCACACGUGAGGAGCGAAAGAAGGCGGCGGCGGCAGCUCUGGCCGCAGCUGCCGCGCAGAAGACUUCGGCGCCGGUUGAGGUGGAGCAGGAAGCGGACGAGGAGAACGCCACCCUCUACGGCCUCCUGCGCCUACGCUUCAACGAUGACCCGCGAGCACCGAGCCCCGUGUUCCCGGAGCUGAGCGGCUGUGCCCUGAUCCGAGAGCUGCACGUCUAUGGCGCGCUCGUUGCGGCUGGGCGCGAGGAGUCCUCGCGCAGCCUGGCUGAUGACCGGCCGCAGCACAUCGGAAUCGGCAAAACGCUCAUGGGCACCGCCGAGCUCAUAGCUGCAGCCCAUGGCUUCCAGAAGAUCUCAGUUAUUGCUGGGGUGGGCGUGCGCAACUACUAUCGAAAGCUGGGCUACUGCCUGCGAGUCUCGGCAGCCAACAUCACUCCCCUUUGCACCCUUGAUCUCUGCCAGGGUUGGGCGGCAUCAGCAGCCAGCAAUCUCAAUCCAGGUUCCUGUACGCACCCAUGCAGGUCCUCACCAGGUGCUCACAGUAUAGAGACACGACCCUCAGCGCUGAAAAUCCUAAACCCUAUAUUCCCCUAA